AUGAGGAAAGCAGAGACCAGGCUGUGGCUCCCUACAGAGCCACCAGAGACCCUGGCGAGAGGAGCAGAGAUAGCAGCAGCUCAGACCUUGAGGGGGGGUGUAGAACGACCCAAUCAAGGAGAGACAGCAACAAGUCCAGAACAACGGGGACAAAACAGCACACAUCCCCACGGCCCGCACGCCACGCUACAAACAGCCACCACCGACCAGUAUACUGAAGCCGGGUGGAGGGCGCCCAGGCGUCCAAAAGCGUCCACCAGAUGGAAACCGAGCAGCCGCCAAUCAGCGAGCCGGUCACCACCAGCGGCCAGACACGCCGGCGGAGACGGCGAGGAUCGGGACGUGACACCAGGACCCUCAGAAGCGGCAGUCAGACCAGAGGAAGAGGCAGCCGUGAGUGCGCCCAGUGCGUCCCGACUGAGUGGGCUGGAGCGCACCCCACAGAAAACCAGAGAGGGCAGUGGUUCGACUCCUGGGAGACUAAGAGAACGACCCCAACCCGCUGAACACACACCAAACGUGUGCACCACACCAGGACAGAGGCUCCAGACCCCCGGUGGUAGACUACGGCAGGAUAGGGCACCGGCAAAUAGAAAAUCAGGCCGGAAAGAAACGAGGCCAGCAGCCCCGCAAGGGGAGGGGCCAGCCACACAAGAGACUAACAGACCCCGUGCCCCCGGCGAACAGCACAGUACACCACGGCGGCGUUGUCCGUCCGCACAGCACAAACCACCCCCGCAGGCACGGGCAAAAAAUGCCCGAGAGCAAGGUGAGCCGCAAGCAGCCCCAGCACAUCGCUGUGAACUGCGCGGCCCCAUACAGCCCAGCAGCCCCAAGCAGCCCAGCGCUGCCAACAGCAUCCCAUCUCGAGCGACUGGCACCGCAGUGACCAAAUCGUGCCGGACAGGAGCCAUACCCAACGGUACGCCCUACCUCAGGCGAAAGCCGGUCAACCACCGUAGCAGGGGGCGCAAUAAAAGAAGACCCGGGGGUACGACUGCGGAAAAGGAUGCCAACACGCCCUUAAGCCGCAGGAAGGCCACACACAAGCAAACCCGAUCAACCCAAAAACGCAAGAUGAGGCGCAGAGCGUCCACCCCCACGGGACAACGGAGGAGCCAACAUGGCCACCACGUCCACAGACACCUCAACCAGUCGUCGAGGCAUGGUAGAAUCUACACGCCCGCCGGCUGGAGGGGAGACAGACACACUCCCACAAAAUGGGCGAACACCCUUCGGGGAAAGAGGGAGGCCAGUGGGGAGAAUCCUGAACCGCCAGAGGCAAACCACGAAAACAAGGCAGAGAAACCGCCCGCGGCGAGAAGAAAUGGCCACACAAAGCAGGCGUCCCAUGGGCCCACAGAAGAGAACCACUCCCCCGGGCGGCCACCCGCAGAGGGGGCCAGCGAGGAACAGUGGCACGGACCCAUGAGACAAGGCGGCUACCACCCAGGGGAUCGAAACGCGAUCAGCCUAGGAACUGAGCCGCUGGUGGGAAAACUGAGGGCCAGCCUACUGGCCGCAGUCCCGCCCCCUGGCUGUGAAGAGGCUGGCGGGCCAAAACUGCCCGCGCCUGACGCGGAGGCAAGUGGGCGGGGGUACAAAAGGAAUCAGGCGAACGACAGGAGGCCGCCGGGGACCCGAUUCCCCAACAGGGGAAAGGCGCGCCGAACGACAAUGACAAAACGCAGCAGAGGGACCCACAGGGCCACCCGCAGGAGUGGCGCCCCGACGCAGGCACAACAGCCGAUGCCUGGCCGCACGGGCCGCAAAAGGCCAACCCCAAGGGGAAACCACGGCAGAGCCGAAAAGACUGCCGUGUACAACCAGAACGCUAUGGAGCGCCCCGGUCAGCCCCACGGCAAACCCGGCUACAAGCCAGAACAAGGCAGGGAGCGGACACGCGCAAGGCCGCGCCACCGAAGCCCCCCGCUGGGGCAUCAACACCACCCUCGGCUAGGGCGCCGAGAGGCCAGAAUAAGGCGAGCUAGGAAAGCACCGACGCACGCAGCCGGGGCCGAUGGCAGCGCACAACAGGACGAAAACACCCCCCAGGGGACAAUGAGGGACGCAAUAGCAAGGCCAACACCCGCCAUGCGGUCCAGGCCGACAGCAGCCAGACCAUGCACAGCCGCCAGAGCGCGGCCAACAGCUGAGAACAGCAAGAGAGCAGCAGGAACACACCAACCAGCCUGGAGUUCCCCCACAAAGGCAGCCGAAACAGGGACAGAAAAACCUGAAGCGGUCCGCCAGUGCCGAAAGCGCCCAUCGGCGCUGAAGCAGGCCGUCGAGGCGAAUCCAGCCGCAGACAUGCCAACACGCUGCGCAGCACCGCCAGCCCAGAAACGUCGGGGAACCAGCGACAAGCCCUGCGAGGAGGAAGAAGCGCCGAGCACCGAAGACGCAACGCCUGACCACACAUGUCAUCAUGGAACAGGGAAGCAGAACCGCCAGAGGCUGCCCAACACCAGAGGCAAGCAGCCGGUCGGCCCCCACCACCACCAGAUUCCGGGCGGACGCAGGAGCCGAUGUACCACGGCGCCCUAG